AUGCCCUCUCCCCUUCUCCUCGCAUCCGGUUUCCUCGCCCUCUGCAUCGCCUACAUCUUCGCCAACAUCAUCCGCCAGCUGCUUCUUCCAAACACCAAAGAACCACCCGUCGUCUUCCACUGGCUUCCCUGGCUUGGGAGCGCCAUCACCUACGGCAAAGACCCCUAUAAGUUUCUGUUCGCCGCCAGAGAGAAGCAUGGAGAUGUCUUCACCUUUGUCCUGCUAGGCCGCAACGUCACCGUUCACUUGGGCGUUGCCGGAAACGAUUUUGUCUUCAACGGCAAAGAGACACAUGUCAAUGCCGAGGAAAUCUACGGUCCCCUAUGUAACCCCGUCUUCGGCGAGGGCGUCGUGUACGACUGUCCCAAUUCCAAGCUCAUGGAACAGAAAAAAUUCGUCAAGUUUGGUCUGACAACCGACGCUCUCAAGGCACAUGUGCAACUGAUUGAGCAAGAGGUCGUAGACUACAUCAAAGCCUCCCGAGAGUUCAAGGGACAAUCAGGCACCAUCAAUGUGCCCCCCGUCAUGGCUCAAAUCACCAUCUUCACCGCCGCCAUCGCCUUACAAGGGCCUGAAGUGCGCAGCAAGCUCACAAACGAGUUUGCAAGCCUAUACCACGAUCUCGACGGCGGUUUUAGUCCCAUCAAUUUUGUUCUCCCUCGCGCGCCCUUCCCCCACAACAUCAAGAGAGAUCGGGCCCAGCUAAAGAUGCGCAAGAUUUACGAGACCAUCAUCGCAGAACGCCGCGCUGGCAAGAUCCCUCCCACCACCGACAUGAUCAGUCAUCUCAUGCAGUGCUCGUAUAAAGACGGCCGUCCUGUGCCAGACUCGGAAAUCGCAAACAUGAUGAUUACCAUUCUAAUGGCGGGCCAGCACAACUCCUCCAACAUUGCGUCUUGGAUCAUGUUGCACCUUGCCAACAAGCCGCAACUCUGCGAAGAGCUAUACCAGGAACAGCUUGAUCAACUGGCUGAUGAGCAUGGCAACUUGCCCAAGCUCGACCUGCAGACCUUGGAGAAGCUCAAGCUGCAUUCUAAUGUCGUCAAAGAGACGCUUCGCAUGCACAACUCCAUUCACUCUAUCAUGCGCCUUGUCAAACAGCCACUCCCCGUCCCCAAUACGUCGUGGACCAUACCGCCUGGCCAUGCCCUUCUCGCUUCACCUGGUAUCUCAGCAAACAGCGAAGAAUACUUCUAUAACCCGGAUAAGUGGAAUCCACAUCGCUGGGACGACCGCGUCAUCGAAGAAGACGAUGAGAGCGAGAUGGUGGACUACGGCUAUGGACGCAUGUCCAGGGGUACAAAGAGCGCCUACCUCCCGUUCGGUGGAGGUCGCCAUCGCUGCAUUGGCGAAAAGUUUGCUUACCUCAACUUGGAAGUCAUCACGGCGAUUAUGGUGCGAAACUUUUGCUUUAAGAAUCUCGAUGGUAGGGAGGGUGUUCCAGGCACCGAUUACAGCACCAUGUUUUCGCGUCCGCUAGAGCCUGCCGAGAUUGUUUGGCAGAGGCGAUGA